UCUAGGACCCAGCUCUGGGUCAUCGGUUCGGGGGCGCUGGCGCGGCCUGUGCAGGGCCGCUGGUGGCCGCGGUGGGGUGGGGGUGCCUAGCCUCCGCCGACCACACACUUCGGGCGGACAGGUGCGGGAGUAGGGCCUGGGUACCGCCUCCCUCAUCCCAGCUUGGCCUGGACGCCGCGGCCGGGUGCCACCCUGUUGGAAGAUUGCCUCCCAGGCUUCCCAUACUCUGAGCUGUGAGCUGACUGGCAUGGUACCUGAGGAAGCCCCUGGGUCUGCUCAGUACCCAUGCCUGUCCCUCACCAACCCCAGUACCAGGGAUGUGGUUCGAAGAAGGCACAAGAGAAGGAGCCGACAGCACCAACGCUUCAUGGCCCGGAAGGCCUUGCUGCAGGAGCAGGGGCUACUGACCAUGCCACCAGAACCAGUAUCCUCCCUGCUGCCAGCCCCAUUGGAGGUGCUGUCAGGCACUGAAGCUGCUGGCAGUGGGAGGCAGCAUCUCAGGGCUGAAUUUGGCAGUGGUGGCCCAUAUAGCAAAAGACCCACCUCCAGGGAAGCUCCAGGGCCCUUGCCCAGCAAGUGUGUAGCUAUCGACUGUGAGAUGGUGGGCACAGGACCCCGAGGGCGGGUGAGUGAGCUGGCCCGCUGCUCUGUGGUGAGUUACCACGGUGAUGUCCUCUAUGACAAGUACAUCCGGCCUGAGAUGCCCAUCGUUGACUACCGUACUCGCUGGAGUGGUAUCACUCGGCAGCACAUGCGCAAGGCCAUCCCCUUCCAGGUGGCCCAGAAAGAGAUCCUUAAGCUCCUGAAGGGCAAGGUUGUGGUGGGGCACGCGCUGCACAAUGACUUCCAGGCCCUCAAGUACAUCCACCCUCGGAGCCAGACCCGGGACACCACUUAUGUCCCAAACCUGCUCAGUCAGCCCGACCUCCACACCCGAGCCAGAGUCUCUCUUAAGGACCUGGCCCUGCAGUUGCUGCAUAAGAAGAUCCAGGUGGGCCAGCAUGGGCACUCAUCCGUGGAAGAUGCCACAACAGCCAUGGAGCUGUACCGACUGGUGGAGGCACAAUGGGAACAGCAGGCAGCCAGUAGCCUCUGGACCCAUUCUGAGGACAGAGAACCUGACAGCAGCACUGACAUGGAGCAGUAUAUGGAGGACCGGUACUGGCCUGAUGACCUGGCCCAGGAUACCACAAGAGGAACAGGGGGAGCACAGGAUGGAAGGGAGUGAGAGGAAGGAGUGUGGUGGAUAGGAAGUAGGGUCCAGGACAGCACUGGGCUGUCCAUCCUGGGCAGGGCUGGCAGGAUGCAGCCUGCCAGCCUCAGGGUCACAGCAGGUGGAAUCCUUGUCCUUCACAUCCUCUGCCCACAGCAUAGCCCUCUGUCCCUGAGGGCUAUUGCUAAUUCUUUCUCCUGACUCCUGUGAUUUUGCCGAUGGCACUUUAUAGAUUCUGUGGAAAUGGCAGGUGGACUGUCACUGGCCUUCUUCACCUCCAGGUCUGCUGGAGUCACCAUACUGUGCUAGCUACAGGGAUAACAACUGCCUGUGGGGAGGGAGGGGUCAGUUCCCUGCAGCUCCCUUAUGUUAACUUAUGUGACAAAAAUUUAUUUAGUUCUUGUUGCUACCUCUUCCUCUACAGUCAUGUUCAGGUUCAAAAUAAAUGUGUCCUGAAAGAAUUAAGACCUCUAAAGGGGGCAUUUCUUCCCAUCUCUGAGUUGGAACCCUGGUUGCAGCCUUUGUAGGAGGUUUACGUCCCAUGGUGCCUGUCCCCUUCCUGCUAGGCUGCAGUGGAAUAGGAGAGCCCAUAGCCUCCCCUUCACAAACUUGUCAUCAGGAUCACAGGGCACAGCUCACAAGGGAGAGCAGAGAAGCUUUGGAUGAGAACUUGCAUAUUUAUUUUGACCCAAAUCAGGAUUCCCUUGCCCAGCACUAGGUUCGUUUACAUCAAAGCCUUGGAAAUAGUCUGCAUAGUUGCUGGGGCCUCUCAGUUCUGUGAUUAACGGUUACUGUGGUUUUGAGUUUUAAUUUAUAUAAAAAUGUUUUCUGAGGGGCAAUUUUGGGGUACUAGGACCAUCAAGGACUUGGGUCACACAGACCUCCAAGCCCCAUCUUUACUGUCACUUAGCACUGAAACUUCAGAAAAGCCUGUGACUUUGCCCUUGAGCCUUUUUCCUCAUCUGUAAAAUGGGCAGAGUGAUUAAGCCUACCCUGCAGGGUGGUUAGGAUGUUUCAUUGUUAGGUGCCUUGCACAUAUCCUGAGUGAAUUGGCUCCUCUUCAUUCAGGACAAUGCCUGGACACUGAGCCCUUGGUGGAGCAGUCGUGGCCUGGAGAGAGCUGUCUUUGCUUGCCUGUUCCAGCAGGUGGGGCCCGGGCACAUGCAGGCUGGGGCAAGGGUAGGGCAUGGAGCUUCAGCGUAUCUUGUCUGUGGCUACCAGUUGCUGGCUUCUUGUCAGUAUCCUGCCACUGUGUGCAGGAAAUGAUGACAGAGCAAGGCAACACAGGGUCAGGGAGGGAGGGACACUACUGAAACCACACCACCCACUCGCCAGCUGAGGCUCCACUGUCCAAACCCAGGGUCAGAGAGCGUCUGGUCAUUGGCUCCUCCCUGUCAGCAGAGAAGGAAGCUGGCCAGCUGGCUCUAGGACUGACAUUGGAAUUCUUCAAAAAUUUUCCAAACACACAGCCAAGUAGUAUCUUCAAUUGAUUUGUGGAUUGAAGGAAGAAGGAGCUGUUAUAGUGGGGAAAUAUACUGUUGUAAAUUGUUUUGUUGUAGAACUAUUUGUUCUAGAAUAAAACAAUUGGAAAAGUGGGUGAAAUGACUCUUUCCAUGAAUUCUCAACCUAGGGUUGAGAUUUGGGGAGGUCUGGGGCACUAGGCUUACUCCUUGCUUUGUCUCAAAGGGGCGUCUUUCAAGAUGAUGCACUGAGAUGUGGCAGGAAAUUUUUAGAGCUACUGAACUUAAAAUUUUUAUUUUAUAGCUGCCCUAUUAGAGCACAAGGUUUAAUUUCUCCCUGAAACUAGGUACUUACUUUAAAAUAUUUUUAAUUGAAAGAAGAUACUUAAAAUUUCCCAUCUUAAUCAUUUUUAAGUGUACAGUUAAAUAGUGUUAAAUACAUUCACAUGGUUGUGCAACAGAUCUCCAGAACCCUUUUCCUGUUGCAAAACAAAGUCUGCUCUUUAGGUGGUAACUCCCAUACCCGCCCCCACAACCUCUGGCAACCACCAUCUUACAUUGUGUUUCUAUGAAUUUGACUAGAUAUUUCUCAUAAGUGGGAAUACAUUUGCCUUUGUCACCUGGCUUAUUUCACUUUGCAUAAUGUACUCAAGGAAAAGGAUCAUCCAUUAUAGCACAUGUCAGAAUUCCUAAGGUUGAAAAGUAAUGCACAUACCAUGUUCAUCCAUUCAUCUGUCCAUGAGUGACACUGGUUGCUUACCCCUCUUGGCUAUUGUGAAUAAUGCCAGCUGUAAGCAUGAAUGUAAAUAUCCCUUUGUUGUCCUCUUUUAAAUCCUUUUGGACAUACACCCAGUAAAGGAAUUGCUGAAUCUUAUGGUAAUUCUUUAUUUAAUUUAGUGACUGAGCCAUUUUAUAUUCUCACCCAACAGGGUUUCAUUUCUCUACAUUCUUGUCAUCUCUUGUUAUUUUGUUUGUUUUUUAAACAAUAGUUGUCCUAAUGAAUGUGAGGUGAUAGGGUUUUGGUUUACAUUUUAUGAUGUUGGGUGCUUAUUUGUACAUAGGUCAUUUUUACCUCAUUUAAUCUUUUCAUAUGUAUAUGUGUUAGCACAGUAUUUUUUCUUUUUUCACUUGGUGAUGGGAAUUGAACUCAGGCCUUGUGCAUACUAGGCAAGCACUCUGCCAACUGAGCUAUAUCCCCAACCCUUUUGUUUUGACCCUGUCUUAGAUACUUUAAGUUGAACUACAUGAUUUUGAUUAUUGCUCAAAUUGUUUUAUAUGGUUCAACCUAUAGUAUGUAAUUUAGA